GACCCCUCUCUGGGUGGCAACGUAGGAGCGCCGGGGCCCGCCUGCCGGGGCUCGCGGGGAUGGGCCGCGUCCCAGAGCCUCGGGGCGCCUGGUGGGCAGAGCACCGGCGGUCCCGGCACGCUCCGGGCCCCGUGCACACGUGGGAGCAGUGAGCCAAGUGCAGGAUUGCACACGCGCGCUCGGGCCAGCCCGCAGACCCGGUCCGAACCGCCCGCCCGUCGUUCCCCUCCAGGCCGCGAAGAGCGCGCGGUGCGCCCGCGCCGCCAGUUACAGGGUAGCGGGGCGAGGGCCCUGACGCCGCCGCCGCCGCCGCCGCUCCGCCGCAGCCCGCCCCCCCCCCCCCACCCUGCCCCGGGCCCCAGCUGCCGAGGACAAUCCACAACAGUGUGUAUGCUGGCACUGGUGGCCCUGAAUCCUGCCAUAUCUGGGUGUGAGGAACAGUGAGUCAUCACACUCCUUUUGGUGGAUGCACGAGGACUUGGGCUGGAAGCAUGUGGAGUGUCCUGCGAGGCUGGAGGAGAAGGCAUCUGAGCGCAUGGGGAGCCCUGGGGCGGCAGCGGCCCCCCAGCGUCCGUGCUCUGGCCAGCGCGGGCCCCGGGACUGGGGACGAGUAUAGUCACGUGGUGGUGGGUGCGGGCUCAGCGGGCUGCGUGCUGGCCGGGCGGCUCACUGAGGACGCGGACAGGCGUGUGCUGCUGUUGGAGGCCGGGCCCAAGGACAUGCUCGCCGGGAGCAAGCGGCUCUCGUGGAAGAUCCACAUGCCCGCGGCCCUCGUGGCCAACCUGUGCGAUGACAGGUACAACUGGUGCUACCACACGGAACCGCAGCCAGGCCUCGACGGCCGCGUGCUGUACUGGCCGCGCGGCCGGGUCUGGGGAGGCUCGUCGUCGCUCAACGCCAUGGUCUACGUCCGCGGGCACGCAGAGGACUACAACCGCUGGCAGCGGGAAGGAGCGGCCGGCUGGGACUACGAGCACUGCCUGCCCUACUUCCGCAAGGCGCAAAGCCACGAACUGGGUGCUAACAGGUACCGCGGCGGCGACGGGCCACUACACGUGUCCCGGGGCAAGACCAACCACGCGCUGCACCGCGCCUUCCUGGAGGCGGCGCAGCAGGCUGGCUACCCCCUCACUGAGGACAUGAAUGGCUUCCAGCAAGAAGGCUUCGGAUGGAUGGACAUGACCAUCCACCAAGGCAAGCGCUGGAGCACAGCCUGUGCGUACCUGCAUCCAGCACUGAGCCGCCCCAACCUCACCGCCGAGGCCCAGACGUUUGUGAACAGGGUACUGUUUGAAGGCACGCGUGCAGUGGGUGUGGAGUACAUCAAGAAUGGCCAGAGCCACCGGGCUUAUGCCAGCAAGGAGGUGAUUCUGAGCGGGGGCGCCAUCAACUCUCCACAGCUGCUCAUGCUCUCGGGUGUCGGCAACGCAGACGACCUCAGGAAACUGGGUAUCCCGGUGGUGUGCCACCUUCCCGGAGUUGGCCAGAACCUGCAAGACCACCUGGAGAUAUACGUCCAGCAGGCAUGUACCCUCCCCAUCACUCUCCAUUCAGCACAGAAGCCCUUGAGGAAAGUCCGGAUUGGUCUAGAGUGGCUCUGGAAGUUCACAGGGGAUGGAGCCACAGCCCAUCUGGAAACAGGCGGAUUCAUCCGGAGCCAGCCUGGGGUCCCUCACCCGGACAUCCAGUUCCAUUUCCUGCCAUCCCAAGUGAUCGACCAUGGACGGGUCCCCACCCAGCAGGAAGCUUACCAGGUGCAUGUGGGGACCAUGCGGGGCACGAGUGUGGGCUGGCUCAAACUGAGAAGUGCCAACCCCCGGGACCACCCGGUGAUUCAACCCAACUACUUGUCAACAGAAGCCGACAUUAAGGACUUCCGACAGUGUGUGAAGCUGACCAGAGAAAUUUUUGCUCAGAAAGCCCUAGAACCGUUCCGGGGGAAAGAGCUCCAGCCAGGAAGCCACGUGCAGUCAGAUAAAGAGAUAGAUGCCUUUGUGCGGGCGAAAGCGGACAGCGCCUACCACCCCUCGUGCACCUGUAAGAUGGGCCAGCCCUCUGACCCCACUGCCGUGGUGGACCCACAGACCAGGGUGCUUGGAGUGGAAAACCUCAGGGUGGUUGAUGCCUCCAUCAUGCCCAGUGUGGUCAGCGGCAACCUUAACGCCCCCACCAUCAUGAUUGCAGAGAAAGCAGCUGACAUCAUCAAGGGGCAGCCUGCACUCCAGGACAAGGACGUCCCUGUCUAUAAGCCCGGAAGUCUGGCCACCCAGCGCUGAGGCAGUCACUGCCUGAGAAGCCUCCUGACAAGCCAAGAGGGUCAGCAGAGUCCCUGCCCUCAGUGCCCUUUCCUGAAACUGUCUAGAAUGUUAGGAUUCAGUGGCUGAGAAUGGGUUAAUCUCUUAGGAUGGGAGACCAGUAUCAGGGCAGCAAAGCAGGUUUCUUUUCCCCAGCAUUCUCCUGCGGGCCCCUCCCCCUGCCUCCUGAAGGGGCAGCAGAGGGACAGGCCAAAGGAGGAUGAUGGUUAACUUCUGCCAUGGCCUUGUCUUAAUAGUCCAGGUUCUGGUCAGACCGGAGGGAAGUGGUUCCCUCUCAGGCCUCCCUCUUAAGGCGAGCCACUCUAAGAGCAGGGUGCUGUGCCCAGAGGCUAGGUGGUGGCUAGACCACACUGGGUUCUCAGGGUGGGGGCAUCCCCCGCCUCAGGCUGCACGCUGUAGCUGAAGCCUGUGCGUAAGCCUCCGGUGUCCCUGUUUGGAGGGCAAGCUGCCUGCUGGGAGAAACACUGUCUUCCCCCAUGCUUCCCGAUCCCACUCCCAGUUGGGCCACUCUGAAGGCCCACCUCGCCAGUGCUCUGGUUCUUACUAAACACAGCCCAAUGGGAAGAUUUCUGGACCUUGAUCUAAAGAAGCUUCUGGAGAGUCUCUUCACUCCCAUAGGUUUCAUGAUUUAGCAUUUUAAAAGAUUUUCCUGUUACCAGGGAAACCUAGAAAUCCAGAGCAGACCCCACAGACCAGACCACUGCUCCAUGCCAAAGCAGCUAGCCCAAGAGGACCCUUUCCCAUCAGCCUGGGGAAGCGACUCACAGUGGACAAAGCCGGCUAAUUCGUAUUCCGCGGACAUCCACAGGACCCGACUGGGAUGGAGCUGAGGCUGAUGGAAAAAGUUGUCAAGUCAAACUAGGUACCCAAUCCUGUAAAAGUACAACUGAGUGAAAGAAAAAAUAAGUUGGCAAAGAUUUGAGUUGGGGGGGGGGGGGGGAGAGGGGCGAAGAGCAGAUACAAGAAGCAUUUAAAAUAGUUCUUUGAUCUUUAAACUUCCUAUAAUCCAAUAAUGUAAUCCAGUAACUUCUUUUUGAAUGGAGAUGCCUUAGCCAGACUGCUCUCACAGGGUAAUGGAAAUAAAUGUGUUUUGGAUGGAUCUUUCUAAAGAUCUCCAAGGCCACUUCCCACAGCAGGGGAGAAAAGGAUUGUUCCAUGGAAAGCUGCUGUGCUAGACACAGAACAGGGAGGGGAAGAAAAUGGGGGCGUUCCAGGCUUCCCCCCCGGGGUCAGAGUGGAUCGAGGUGUCAUGGAGGCCAGACAGCCACAACUUGUGUUUGUGAGACAGACCUUCCAGAAAGAUGGAGAGAAGAAAACCAUGACACCUCUCCUUCCUUUAAAAAUUUUAAGUGGCUCUGGUUUACUCUUACCUGUAUCUUGCUGCAUUUUCUGUCCCAAGGGAGGUUCUAAAUCUGCCAAGAGAUUGAUUUCUUCUAGGGAAGUCCCCGUGUGCCCCCGCAGCCGUGGUCCACAACUGUCAGCCUCUGGGCCUGGGAGCUGCCUGCAGGGGUGAAGGAAGACAGAGGAAGGCAGCUGCCAAUCUCACUGCUCUGAGGGCCAAUGAGUGACAAGUUGGGUAGGUGGAGGGGUCCAGGCCUGCCUGUGACUGUGCUGACCUUGUCUAGUGCGGGUAAGCCAGGUGACACAGCCAUUCUAUUCUGUGGUGGUCUCAGUCUCUGGGGCAGUGGCUGCUUUGCCUCCUGUGUCUGUAUUGUAAGAUAAGCAGAGGUGAGAGGAGGUACGUGAUCUUGCACGGCUGGAUUACAUCUAGGCCCCUCUCCCACUCUCGGUCACCAAGCCUCAUCCCAUACGAUCAUACAGUGUAGCCAGAUGCAGAAAUAGAGUGGACCACGAGUGUUCUGUAUCCAGGCCCCACAGAAGUCAAGGCAAAACACUGUGUUGUCGGGGUUCAGCCACAAGAUGGAAUAGUGUGCUUUGAAGUGGCUCCUCGCUCCAGCCAGGACAGGGGAGCGUGCAGCCGUCUGGCGGAGUGGAAUAGUGGCCCGUGUCAGAAUAGGCCAUCUCAAGGUUCCAUUGCCAUGAGGCAACUUUUGGCCUCAGAAAGAAGGCUGUUGGCUGGGGAAGCCAGAGAGGGGAGAAAAAUGCCUAUCGGGUUAGGGAGGCUGAGCCACAGUCAGGUGUCCCUUGGGGGCCCCCAGAGACCAGGCCAGCACUCAGCCCUGAGAGACUUCUUGAAGCCCCUUGGCAAAGCACCCAUGAUACCUAAACAGAAGAAUGUACUUUUCAAAAAACGGUUGAAAAACUGUAACAGGAAGCUGUGUAUAUACCUGAAUGGGCUCCUUUGAAGAAGACUGCGUUCAAGCUGCUGCAUCAACAGAAGGUUCUUCCUGGUAGAACGGAGGACAGACGGCACGGAAACCGAGCAGCUCGCCAGCAGCAUGACCAGGAAUGGCAGGUCCUGGAAGCUGGAUCCUGGCUUCCAGACAUGCAGCCUCUCUGCUUCCGGGCCAACUGUAGGAAUCCUCAUUUCCAUAAAAUCAGAUAGCUUCUCUCCAGCCAAACCCUUUUCCUCCCCACAAAGGCCGUUUCCUGUUUCUACCAACUUAACAUCAGAUCUAAUAUCUACAUCCUUUUCCCUUAAAACCUAGAGAGAAACACAUGCCUUCUCCACCAGCCCUGUUCUGAGACCCAGGCCGUCUCCCAUUCCGUCUCUCCUGCCACCAUCCCCACAGGGUGUCUGCAAGGCCACUCUCGCUGGUGCUCCCAUGUUGGAGGCAAGGGCCCCAGGCCUGCUCCCCAUUCUCCUAUUCUCGCCUGCCCUCUGAAGCCCCCAGGAAGGAAAGAAUAUUUUGGAGAAAUAAAAACUUUGUCAAC